AUGAAACCCGACACACUCUCCAUACUCACCUCCGCUCCCCUCUUCUCCUCUAUCCUAUCCUACACCCCCCGUUCAACACUCUCCACCUGCCUCCGCGUCUCGCCCUCCAUCUCCCACAUGGCCGCGUCGAUUCUAUACCGCGACAUCUCCCUCAUCCACAUUCUCCCACCCGCCAUCCACUCCCCUCCGUCCGUCGACACCCGCUCCCCUUUUCUUCAGUAUGUCCGCACCCUCCGACUCCCUCCUCACCUGCUAUACGAUCCCGCCCUAUGCACCGCCUCCAUCGCGCACAUGAUCCGCCUCAAGACCGUCAUCGUCCCGGGGGACUGGCAGGGCUGGAUCCUCUGCCCGAACGCCCUUCUACCCAUCUUUGGCUGCCCAGUUACUCACUUCCGCGGGCUCAGAAUUUUAAUAACGGGCCUCAAGUCCCCAGCCGGACUCAUCAACGAUGGUCUCCUCCAAUCCGACCUCCUCUCCCACGCGACAGAAGUCAUACUCAGCAUAGACUACCUCAAUCCCGUAUACCGCGGCCCCAGACAGCGCGUCACGGCAGCAAUGGGCGGUCCGCGCUACUCCACCGACCUGCCCCAGAGCGUCAAGAAGCUCACGAUACUCUUGCCCGCGGGGCAGCAGCAGCAGCCGAGGAUGAGACUCCCAGCGGGGUUCGAUAUGGGUGCGGACUCGGGCUUCUUUCAUACGCCCCAUGGACCGGGGUCUGGGCCGGAUCUGGCAGAGUGGGGAACGUACAAAGGGGCGGCGGAUGCGGCGCCGGAUUUGGCGAGGGUUAUUACCGGGAGGAAGGAGGGAUGUCAAGUGCUCAUUGUCAUGGAGGACGGAGAUGAGGCGGGGGCGGUGGAUGGUGGCGAGAAUGAAGCGGGAGGCGGGAAGCUGCAGGAGCUGAAAGAGAGAACAGAGAGACUUGUUCAUGGUAUCCUAGGAAGCCAGGGGUCGGAGGAUGGUACUGCAGACGGGAGGGCCGAGGUCAAGUGGAUGAGCGCAGAUGAGUGGGAAGGCCGGGAGGAGAUGGAGAGGCUGCUCCCGAAGAAGAGUAGUCCAGUGUAG